AUGGCCCCGAAACAUGUACCUCAAAUGACAGAGGCAGAAAUUUCCCAACUGAUAGCACAACAACUUCAAGCCGUUAUUCCCACUAUCGAGGCGCAGGUUAACACCGACAUCAAUGCGAACCCGCAGCCGAACCCGCAACCAGGGCCGGGAGGUCAGAUCAAUAAUCAAAACAAUGUUAGGCCAAUUUGCACGUAUAAACACUUUAUGGAGUGCAAACCAAUGGAGUUUAAUGGAACUGAAGGACCGAACGGGUUGGUGAAAUGGAUCGAGAAGUCGGAAUCGGUCCUUAACAUAAGUAAUUGUCCGGGUGACUGUGCGAUAAAGUAUACAGCUUGCACUUUUACCGACCACGCUUUGAACUGGUGGAAUGCUAUUGUGCAAUCUCGCGGGCAGGAUGCGAUUAACGCUAUGACUUGGGAUGAUCUUAAGAUACUAAUGAGAGAAAGGUUCUGCCCACUCCACGAAAUUCAGAAACUCGAGCAUGAGUUUUGGAACCUGCAGAUGCAAGGUGCGGAUCAUGUAGGUUACACAAAUUGCUUCAAUAAACUUGCACGCAUUUUGCCAGAUAUGGUUCGACCGGAGUCCAAGAGGAUUGAGAGGUAUAUCUGGGGACUGGCCCCGAAAGUAAGGAGUAUCAUUAAUUCGGUGGAGCACCUGACCAUGCACGGAGUGGUAGCUAGGUCAGGCACGGUUACGUACGACAUGGUUAGACGCAAGAUUUUGACAAUGCCGGGAGAGCCGGCAGGAAAUAAGAGAGAGGCCCCGGAAAGUAGUCGAGCGGGGCCAGCCAUACCGAAGAGGGGGAAAGCCACUAGUCAAAGCUACGCCAUGACUACACCAACGGGAAACUCUGGUGGGUAUAAAGGAACAGCCCCAAAAUGCAACAAGUGCACUUUGCACCACUAUGGUGCGUGUCGAGCAGGGAUCUGCUCGAGGUGCCAUAAAAGUGGUCAUUAUACCCUAAACUGUAAGACACCAUUGGAACCCACCCGUUUUUAA